GAGCUUCCUUUUUUUCAGUCACUAGGGAUAUAACCUGUUUCCUAAAAGAAAGAAAAGCAUCUUUUUCUGGAGCGAUGUUUCUCCUUUGGAAAGAAAUUUUGAUGGAAACCUUAUUGGGCUACAUUUCUUGGUCACUCUACCAUGCUCUUCCACCCAUGAUAUAUUACUUUCCUCUACAAAUAUUGGCACUUACUGGUUUGGAAGCUUUUGCUGUAGCUUUCUUUUCUCCAGUAUUAUUAAUAAUCAGUCCUUUAUGGAAACUGGCGAACAACAAGUACAUCCUAGCUCUGCUAAGGCUGACUAUGGUUGGAAGUGUAGCUUCAUACCAAGCUCCAAAUGCUACACUCCGAAUACUGAUCUUGACUCCAGGUGUUUGUUCCUCUCUCGUGGUUCAAACAGUAACAUGGUGGUCAGGAAACAGUUUACAAAGGUACAACAGGAUCUGGGGAUUCAUACUAGGGAAGAUUCUUCUACUGGUGCUCCGAAUCUGGUAUACUUCACUAAACCCAAUCUGGAGCUGUCAGACUGCCAACACCAUUAUACUGAUGUUGGGUUUCAUAGCAGCUGUUGAGCGAAUUUAUGCAGGCACAGAUAGUGUGAAGCAAGAAGCAAACAAGACUGGUGAUGCAGCGAAAGAAACCAUUCCUAGAUCUAACUGGCUUUUGUCAGGAGCAGCUUUUGGCAGUCUGAUGUUCCUCACAUUAUGGAUUUUUGGAGAGGUCUCACUCGUUUCUAGGUGGGCUGUGAGUGGACAUCCACACCGUGGACCAGAUCCUAAUCCAUAUGGAGGUGCAGUUCUGUUGGGAAUGGCCCAUGGAGUGAUGCUUUCCUUUUUGUCUUUGUCUUCGUUCACCAGUUUUGGCUUGUGUCUUACAGGCAUGGCAUCUGCUGCUGGUCUCCUUUACUUAAAGACCUGGGGUGCAGCUAUAGCAGGCAACAUUCUUGCUGUCUUUACCAUGUGUAUGUGGCCACGACUGACUGGACGUUUUGUUAGCUGUCUGCAUCCUGGAAAAGCCAUGAGUACAGCCAUGUUUGUCUAUGUCCUAGAGUUAUUCUUCUGUGUGUGGUGCACAGCUUAUAAAUUUGUACCAGGAGGAAUUUAUGCUAGAGAGAGCUCCCACCUUCUUUUAGGAGUUGUCAUGUUGUUUGUUGGGUUAGAUGAACUUAUUGGCUCCAGGAAGAACCUUAAUUGUAUAUUUCAAGUUAAAAGUAGCUAUAAGCCACUAUUCAAACAAAGUGAAAAAUAUAUCAAAUUAUUCUUAUGGCUGUUUGUUGGUGUGGGUUUGCUAGGAUUAGGACUGCGAUAUAAAGCUUAUGAGAAGAAAUUAGGUCAAGGGCCUUCAACAAGAGACUUCUCUGCUGCAAUCUGGCCUUUCAGGUUUGGAUAUGACAAUGAGGGGUGGCCAAACCUGGAAGGUUCAGCAAUUCUGCUUAAUCAAACAGGUGCAGAUUUUAUUACCAUUCUGGAGAGUGAUGCCUCUAAGCCAUUCAUUGGGAACAUUGAUCCAACCAUGUGGUUAGGAGAAAAACUGGGUUUUUACACAGAUUUUGGUCCAAGCGCAAGGGAUCACACGUGGGGGAUUAUGGCUCUAUCAAGAUACCCAAUUGUGAAAUCCAGCCAUCACCUUCUCCCAUCCCCUGAGGGAGAGAUUGCACCAGCCAUCUCCAUGACUGUCAACUUCACUGGGAAACUGGUGGAUUUUGUUGUUGCUCACUUUGGAAAUGAAGAAGAUGACUUGGACAGGAAGCUCCAGGCUAUUGCUAUUUCAAACCUGUUGAAGAAUAGCUCUCGACAGCUUGUAUUUCUAGGAUAUAUCACUUCAGCUCCUGGAUCCAGAGAUUACAUAGAACUAAUUGAAAAUGGCAAUGUUAAGGAUAUUGACAGUACGGAUAAUGACAGGUGGUGUGAUUAUAUCAUGUAUCGUGGACUAAUAAGGUUGGGUUAUGCCCGCGUUUCUCAUGCUGGCCUGAGUGAUUCAGAAGUUCAGAUGGCCAAAUUUAGGAUCCCAGAUGACUUGGAUAAUUAUGUUGACAAUGACAAAAUCAUCAUUGACCCCAGCCAAGUUCCUGAGGACAUCCAUUUCAACCCAAGGUUUGGAUCCUACAAAGUUGGACAUAACUACGAACAUAUUCAUCAUUUUCAUAUGAGUACUCCCAAGUAUUUUAAACAGACUAGAAUGAGGAAAUAACACAUCAAUGUGACCAGAAAGAGAGGUCUGUAGAUUUAAAUCAAACUGCCAACCAACCAAAACUACACCUUUUAGAGAUUGAGCAUCUUCCAGGCUACAUAAUAUUGUCAAUGUCUUGCAAUAUGUGAUGACUAAUAACUUAUGAAAUUGUUAAACCUUUUCUUUAAGGUUCACUAUCUCUGUUUUUUAAAGAAAGAAAUCACCAAUCAAAAUAGUCAUUAAUGUGGGAGGGAGGGAAGGUUUUGUUAGAUUUUAUAAUGACAAGUUUGUCCAUUAAGUGGACAACAUGUAGGCCAGAUUCUCUGCUUUACGCUCAUUAAAGCAGAGCGUGGGGACUGUCAGGGAACUGGUUAUAGGUUGUUCAUUUCCCCUGAUGCGGCUUUUUCUUGUACUAGCUGGUAAUGGUUCUCAAGAGACUAAUUGCCAGUUGAACAUAUCCCUCUGACCUGACAUGUCCCCUGCAUUGGGGGAUUCAGGGAGGGUGGGUGUGCAAUCUCUGUAUCUCCUAAUGACUUCCCUGUGCUGAGAGAAUCAUGAACAAGAGGGAUGCAGUUAGUUUCUGCUUCUUUUGCACCAACUGAGCAAUAAGAAGGAACAGAGCAGCAUAGAGAAUUUGAAAAGGAGGUUACUUGCCUGUAACUGGUGGCUAUUUGAGAUGUGUGGUCCCUAUUUGUAUUCCAAACAUGGGUGUGCAUGUGUGCCAUGCGCCAGAGCUGGAAGAUUUUCUUAGCAGUGUCCGUUGACCUGCAUGUGCAUUAUGUGUCCCCUCAUGCUUGCAACCGAGGGUAUAAUAGGCCAUGCGGGUUGAUGCCAUCCCAGUAUUCCUCAUACCAUUGAGUAGUCCAGUCUGCAGCAGCGGGGAUGGAGGGUGGGUAUUGAAUACAAAUAGGGACCACACAUCUCAGAGAACCUCCAGUUACAGGUGAGUAAUGUCCUCUUCUUCUUAGAGGGAUGGUUCCUAUAUGUAUUCCAAACAUGGGUGAGUAGUGAGCAGUGAUCAGCAUGGAGGUGGGUCCAAGGAUGUGAGAGGAAUGAAAUCUGUAGCAUGACAUGGUCUGCUGCUGUCGCUUGGGCAAUGGCAUAGUGCAAUGUGAACAUGUGUAUAGAGUGCCACAUUGCUCCAUGACAGAUGUCUUGCCAUGAGACGUCAGCUAGGCAGGUCGAUGUGGCUGCUUAGGCUCGUGUAGAGUGUGCUGUGAUCUUAUCAGGCAGCAGUAUGCUGGAUAAGGUGUAGCAUUUGUGGAUGCACCUGGAGACCUAUUUGAAAAUUCAUUGAGAGGAGAGGGCGUGGCCAAGAUGCUGGAACCUUGUAAAAGUGUGUGUGGGGGGGGGCAAGGCCAAAGUGGCAGAGGAAUCCGCCCCCCUGCCCAUUGCCCUGGGGUCCCGCUGCCUCCCUCUGCAUUGCCCUGAGCUCCCUUCUAUGGCCUCACACCCCAAGUCUACCCCACUCCUUGCCUCUUGACCACAGUGCCCACCCGUAAGGCUGACCCUGUGUUCACCUUAUUUCCAAAUUCCACUGUCUUCAUAGAUUGCCAUCAGGAUACACAUACCAAAAUUAAAACUCCCAGGCUCAGAGUGGAGUAAGAGCUAAACAGCAAGCUACUAGCAUCAAGAUUUACAUACCGCCUCUAGUGACCAAGAUUCAUACUCUCAGUAUAUUAGGAUGUACCCAACAGGGCCAUAAUCACAGGAUUCACAUUAGAGAGAUAAGGUAGGUGAGGUAAUAUCUUUUAUUGGA